GUGGGCCAUCUCAACCCUCACGACCGUGGGCUACGGCGACAUGGUGCCGCACACGGUCGCCGGCAAGCUCCUGGGCUCGGUCACUGCCGUCAUCGGGGUGGUCGUCGUCGCCAUCGGGAUCUCCCUGGUGUCGAUCAACUUCCGCGAGUGUUUCCUGGAGGAGCAGGUGCGGCAGGAGUCCGCCCGGCGUUCUGGCGGCCCGGGGAGCAGCCCGCAGCGGCCGCCCCCAGUGCCGCGGCCGCGCGGCGAGGAG